AUGGCAGCUGCGGAGUCCCCAAAACAAUUGGCUAGAAUUUCAAAGGAUGAACCGCUGGACGGCAUGUCAAUGGAUAGAAUGCGAUUCCACUUCUCCAAGUUGACGGGAGAAGACACCGACGAUACACUGAAAAUGCUAGGGCGAGAUCAGGAUUCGACCCCUCUACUUUUGCAUCAUACGGUUGUCCUCGCCAACUCCAUUGGUCAGCCCACCGGCCAGUCUCUCAGGUCCAAGCCUGCACCUCCAUCCGCGGUUCCUUCGGCGGCCGAGCCCCUGUCGUCCUCUGACGCGGACGCUGUUGUUUCCCCUCUGCCGCUCCCUCCUGCCGCCAAAGUUCAAAAAACUUCUGACACCGAUUUCGCAACGCAGGCUGCUAAAGAGAAGGUGUCGACAAAAAGAUCGCCAUUCGGUGAAGUCAAUUUACGGGAUAUUGAUAGUCGCCUUCGGUAUUUAGACGAGCUUAGCGCUACUUCAGACAGCGUCAAAAGGAAGUGCAGCAUUCAUACUAGUCUCUCUAAUUUCCUGUCUCAACUCCCCCUCAAGCCCACUUUGCAUUCCUGUACUCCGAACGAUGUAAGAAAAUUUCUCGUUUGGAGAGAUAAUAACGGUAAAACAAAGGUCCACAAGAUAGCUUGUCCUUUUCUCGGUGAAAAGGGCAAGCCCCGUUGUGCUUGCCCCCUUAGGCUGGCGUCGGGAUCUGUGGUUAAUCUGGUGCAGAAAUUGGCUUCCAUUUUUGAUGACGAGGGAAGGGGUAAGGAUUGGCUCGGUUGUAUAGGCAACCCAGCGAAGGCUUCAAUAGUUAAACGUUAUCUUAAACAAGUCUCUGAAGAGCAGGCGAAGGCCCAAAUCUUGCCCAAACAGGCCAAACCUUUCUUCCUUUCUAAACUAAAAAAAUUAUCUGCUUACAGCGACAAUCAAUUCCAAAGGCCAGAUCUAUCCCUUAAGCAAUACUUCGUCCUAGUCAGAGAUCAAGCGUUUUUCAAAUUACAAUUUUUUGCAGGCGAUAGGCUCUCCGAUUUAGCUCGAAUGCCUAGUCAGGGUGUUCGUUACCUCCCUGAUAACUCUGGUUUUGCUAUAUCACAUUCCUUCACAAAGGUCAUCCGCAGAACUGACGGUAAAUGCAAUACUUUUGUAAUCAAAAGAUGCGAGGAUAAGCUCGUAUGCCCAGUCCUUGCCAUCGAAAGAUACAUACAAUGGGCUAGAUCUUUCGGCGCAAAUCUCUCGCUCGGCUAUCUAUUUAGGGUUGUCGCGGAGUCUGGCAGGGUGUUGGACAAGAGCGUAGGUUACUCUGCCAUGUAUUCUCGUUUCGUCCUAUAUCUCACGACACUCGGCAUUUACGAGGGCGAAACCCCCCCCCCCCCCAGCUUGAGAGCCGGUUGCGCUAUUACCUUAAAGCUCUCUGGAGCCGCAGAGUCAAGCGAAGAGGCCAUGAAGCACGUCGGCUGGUUCUCAAAGAAUACAUGUGAUUAUUACACCAGAGAGGCGUCUCUAGAAGAUGCUGCUGAAACCGCACAGCGCCUCGCAUCCGUUGUUCCCUUCGCCGACGAGCUGGAAAGUAUUUUCGGGAGGUCCUCAACUUUCAGCCAACUGCCCCCCGCCGUAUAG